GUCGUGCAGAUGUAAUGCUCGUCUGAGUUUCAACUGCAGAGCGGCUACUUGUGGCUCCGAGCCAGAAAUGACGAUUCUUACCGGAGCUUCCCGAGGACCGCCGAAACUACUCCCGAUCUGGACCCUAUUGAAGUCUGUUGUUGUCGGGUAGGGGGGUGAUGGGGUGGACGAGAUUAGCGAAAUAAAGAAGAAGAAAAAAAGGAGAUUUCCAGAAAGCCAUCAGUCCUGAGCCCCUCCCAGUUCUGUGAUUUUCGGAUUCGAGGACUGACGAAGAGACCGACCAUUCGAGAUGAAAGUAAUCAGCGCUGCAGUGCUUAGCGCCCUGUUCUGCACCGUUGUGUCAGCGACUUUGAAAGUUAAAAAGGAAGAAAAGAAAGCCUUCUUCGGAGAGGACAUUCACAUCGACGUCCCGCCUGGGAACCUCGGCGAGGUUGUGUUCAUACCCAGGACCAACCGGUCGUCUGAGGUGGUUCUGCUGCGAGCGGGAGUGGUGGUGACCCCCCGGGGCCAUCUCAACUCUCUGGGCCACCUGGUGCUGGAGGACAUGCAGGAGGAAGAUGAGGGGGAGUACAUCAUUAAGAACACCAACAACCCCAACGCAGCCCAGCACCUCAAGCUCGUUGUCAGGGAUUGCUCUUUGGAGCAAGUGGUGAAGUACGGAGAAACUUACUACAUCCAUCUCAACCAGGUGGAAGGCCCCAUCACUCUGGAGUUCAGGCCUGGUCUGGUUCAGGCCAAUCACAGUGAGAUACAUGGUACAACAGAGCCUCCGCCCGUGGUGCUGUACAACCAGACGGUGGUGCUGCCAGAUUACGUGGACCGUCUCAGCGUGUCAGAGAAGCGGGUGACGCUGCACUCGGUCAGGAUGACGGACGAGGGGAGCUUUACAGUGCUGGACCGUGAGGGCAAAGUCAAGAGGAGGAACUGUCUGAAUGUCAGAGAACACCAGAACUUCCUGUAUCCCUCCCAUGGAGAAAACCUGAAGGUGAAACUCUACCGGGACUAUACCAAUGUUAACGUUGUCUACAGGCCCAAAUCAGGCAAUCAGGACCGGGUCAUCCUGGACCAGGGGGUUCUGGUGACACCGCUGGACCCUCUGCUGGAGGGCAGGCUGACUGUGGAGAGAUCGGAGCUCAGCAUAAAGAAGGUCCAAGUGGCAGACUCGGGUGUCUUCAAAGUGACAGACCUGGAUGGGUUUCCCGUGGCUCAUGUCUACAUAGAGGUAGAAGCCUAUAAGCUGCCUCCCCUGACAGUAGCCAUCCUCUCCCUGCUGAGCGUGAUCGCCUUCAUGCUGCUGGUGUGCCUGCUGUCCUGUGUCUAUAGAAUGCACAAGAGGAACGAGAAGAACAAGAAGCUGAUCCUCAUUGCUCAGCAGGCCGGCAAGGGAGACGGCGAAGCUUUCAGACAGGUGGUCCAUGAGGCUUACAACAGGUUCGCCGAGGAAUCUCUGAUGCACUCUGUAAGUGAGAAGCCCACGGAGAGCACCGAGGUAACCAUAAAGGGCCUCGAGGUGUCCAAACCGGGCCGCUACCACACUCUCUCCUCAGACAAUUUUCUGGAGCUGAGUGACUCUGGAGUGGAGUUUACCACCUCUGGCCUCCCACUGGACAGUGACACCGAUGCGAUGACCUACGCCUCCCACAAGCCCCUCCUGAAUGCCGUCUUCCCUACAGCCAUGACCGAAGAAGUUCACAUCGACAGCCCGGAGGCCACCCUGGCCCCCCACGGCGACCUCAGUGCCAGCCGGACCCCUGAGUCCGCCAUGAGUGCCAGCCCCGCCUCCAAUCCUCGCUCACUUGCAGCUGCCACCCCCGAUGGCAGCCUGCACGGUGCUGUCUCACCGGGAGCGGCCUCCAGGGGCACAGCUGCGUCGGAUUUAGCCAAAACGGAGGGAGGGGCUGAGAGCGAAGAAGCUGGGCAGAAGGAGGAAUCGGCUCAGAGCACCUGAGAGGAUGCACCAGGGUGUAUUUUUUUUUUUUUUUUUUAACUCAUGGUCCUCAUACGGUAAUGACAUCCACAAUAAUCUGGCUCUGUCUAUCACAUCCAAACACCACCGAGUCCUUGAACACUGCAUUUGAAACAUCAUAGACAAAAUAUUCAUGCUUGGAUUCAGAUGUCAGUUUAGCCUAAAAGAAAAUAAAAAUAAAAAAAAGGCAGUUGCACAAAAUGCACAAUACAAAAUGUCAUGCACUUAGCACUGAAAAAAAUUGAUGCGAAAGGUCAACCUUUAGCUCUAUCAAAAGAAGAACAAAGUCAUUCUGUGCAUAUGGAAAAUGCAUGCAUUUAAAUUAAACAUUAAGGUAGAUAUAGUUCAGAUCUACAGGAAGAUGCUGACGUUAGAGUAGAUUGACUGCAUGCAAGCUUCAAUGGGCCGAAGACGCACCGGCUCAAAGGGAAGUUCCGAUGAUGUGAAAAGGGAAAAUGCUCUCAGCACUUUCAGGAAAACACCUAAAUGGGAUCAAAUUAUUUCUCCACCUGUUGAACGUUGUCAAAAAUAAUUACAGGAGCCUGACGGCUUUGACAGCUGGAGUCAGCACGCUCCAAGUAAUCAGACAAUAAUUUCUAAGACCGAGGCUACUGACAACAACAGCUAAGAGAUUCUCCUGUAUGGAGUCAAAUCUCAGCGUGUUGCCUCCGACAGCACUUUUGUCUGCUCUCACAGCAUCAGACAAACACUGCAAUGAUUGCAUUUCAUCCCACCCACACACAGACACUAUUAACAAUACGAGUAUAUCAGAAGGCGUCUCUGCCUCUCAGACUCAAUUCCUUGUCUCAGCACUCAUUCCCUCCGAUAUCCAUGAGAAUAACCUCAACGUAUUCUUUCUGAAAAACCUGUAAACUGAAACAAGCUUUGUAGAUUGAAUAACACCACUCCUACUCCAGUGGUUGUUUCCCUUUCUCUCAUAUAUUUUGUGUCACAUCUCCCACAUUUAAAGGCAUAAUCUAAAAGAAACCUGUCGAAACGUCCGCCUCAUGUCAUUCAAACUAAUGAUCAAUUCCAGAUAAAACACCCGCAAGAAUGACGGCCAACUGUAGAAACUAUCCUCAUCUGUUUUUUUGUUGUUGUUUUUUUACCCCCAGUGGAGUUGUCACAAGCCCUAUCAGUGCAAAAUAAAAUUAAGAGAAGACUGUGCAUCACUCCAGGGACUUUUGGAACAGCUCCCGAGAACAUAAUUGGAUUCUUGGUCUCUUUUCAGUAGGACCGAUUCACGGACACCAUAGAGUGAGGAGCGGUGAUAAAAGAGACGACAGAGAUGGAACAGGCGACUAUUCGGGGAACAGAUAAAUGACUUGCAUGAUUUAAAGCGUCCUAUUUUCAUCUCAGCUCCCAUCCAUCGGAGCUCUGAUUAUUGUAGCCCAGUUGUUUGCCAAAAUGAAGUGACUGGAACGCAGUCGGAUCAAUCUGAGAUAACGAAGCAGCCUACAGCCCCAACGGAAUGAGACUGAAUAACAGUGAUUAUGAAAGGGGUGUGUGUGUGUGUGUGUGUGUG